AUGCGGCGCCCGUGGUCCAGCGCGCUGCAGCCCGAACCGGCGAUCGUGAAGCCGCGGCCCGCUCCACAGUUCUACGUGCCCUCGGUGCUGCUACCGCCAGAAGCCGCGAAGUCCCCGACCGUGCACAAGAUUCACAUCCUCGGCGAGGAUGAACGAUCAAAAUUUAUCGCGCACGCGCUUUCGGGCGUCUACGACUCGGUUGAGAUGCUGGGGUGGAGAAACAUAUCGUCCAAAUACCGCAACAUCCAGAGGUCAAGAUCCAGCAGCCGGCGGGCUGCGGCCAAGGUCGAAGCAAACAUGGCUGUACCCCGAAUCCUGACAAAGGAGGACGAUUCGCGCAUCGACCAACUCGUGGUAACUGGGAAGGGCUACGAGGCGGCAGAGGCCCUCAAAUCAGUCAAGCACCGAGUCGACGAAAACACAACGGUAUGCCUGAUGAAUGACGGGCUCGGCGUGCUGGAGGACGUACGGCGCAAGAUCUUCGAGGGCAUGGAGACGAGCCCCAGCUUUCUGCUCGGCCACAUGAGCCAUCGUCUGGCGUUCAACCGGACCUACGACUCGGUGAAGCAGCUCAAGAACGGCGAGACGAGAUUGACGCUCGCGGAGCUCUCGCAGCGCAAGGGGAAGCAGCUGCACCAGGCACCGCACAAGACGGAGACGCGGUCCAACUUUAUACGAACACUCCAGGAGGCUACCGAUCUUCACUCAUCAUUAACGACAUACGACCAAUGGCUGCGCUUCAAGCUUCCGUCAGUCAUUUUCGACUCGGUCGUCGAGCCCGUCUGCGUGCUGCUCGAGACGCCAUAUCAGGGUCUGCUUCAGAAUCCAGCAGCCCAGCGGAUGAUGCACAGCUUGCUAUCCGAGAUCAUCCAGGUGGUGGAAAAGAUGCCCGAGGUGGAGGGGUCGUCGGUGCUGCAGAGCUACGUCCGCGGCCGCGGCAUCAAGAAGCUGCUGUACAACCGCAUCAUGGCGAAGCGCUCGCAGCCGAGCCAGCUGGUGCGGCGGAUCGAGCACGGCCUGCCCACAGACGUCGACUACCUGAACGGGUACUUUCUGCGGCGCGGCCAGAAGCUCGGGCUGGAUCUGCGGAUGAACAUCAUGAUGCGCGACAUGAUCAAGGCGAGGCACUCGCAGGCGAUUGAGAGACUCAACUCAUUCAUACCCGUGGAGGAGACGUCGAUACCGAGCGACUCCGCGUUUCGGUACCGGACGGUGCCGCGGUGA